AUGGCGACCUUCCAGAAGCUUGCGAUCCUCUGCCUCGGUGCUUCCACUGUGCUUGCCGCCCCUAGCGACAAGCACAAUGGCAAGAAGACACCCAAGGUGUCGCCCAUCAAGCAGAUCUCUCUCGGACCGCGCCCCUACUGGCUCGUGGAUCAGAUGGACGAGGGGCCUCUCAAGAAGAAGCUCGCCUCUUGUUCAGAGAAGAGGAUGAAACCCAGCGACUGGAGCAUUUCUCACCGUGGCGGUGGCACCCUUCAGUUCCCGGAGCAUACCUACGACUCAAUUAUUGCUGGUACCAGAAUGGGAGCCGGCAUUCAGGAAUGCGAUGUCACCUUCACCAAAGACCUUCAACUCGUCUGCCGCCAUGCCCAAUGUGACUUGCACACCACAACCAACGUCGUUUCUCUCCCUGAACUUAAUGCCAAGUGCACCACCCCCUUUCAGCCUGCUUCUGGGGACAGGCCUGCUAAGGCCAAGUGUUGCACUUCGGAUUUCACUUUGGCAGAGAUCAAGACGCUUUGUGCAAAGAUGGACGCCUCGGAUCCGAAAGCAACAACCCCGGAGGAGUAUCUUGGUGGCACAGCAAGCUGGAGGACCGACCUCUACGCCAAAACCUGCAGCGAGGUGCCUACUCUCAAGGAAUUCAUCUCUCUGGUUGACGAUCUCGGUCUCAAGUUCACGCCUGAGUUGAAGGCCCCCGAGGUGCCCAUGCCCUUCAAUGGCGGCAACUACACCCAGGCGGCUUAUGCCCAACACAUGAUUGAUGAGUUCAAGGCGGCCGGUAUCAAGCCAGAGAGGGUGUGGCCACAAUCUUUUGUGUAUGAGGAUAUCCUGUACUGGCUAAAGGCUGAGCCAAAAUGGGGAAAGCAAGCCGUGUUGCUGGACGAGAGCGGCGAUGAGCCAGGUACAUUCCCCUCUGCUGUCGCGAGGCUCAAGGAGUACAAGAAGGCCGGUGUUAGGAUUGUCGCUCCUCCUCUGCCCUACUUGGUCACCGUUGAUAAGAAGGGGAAGAUUGUGCCCAGCAGCUAUGCCAUCGAAGCCAAGAAACAGAAACUCGACAUCAUUACGUGGAGCUUGGAGAGGAGCGGUUGGCUUAGUGACGGCAGCGGAGGAGGAUAUUACUAUGCAAGCGUGGCCAAUGUGACCAACGGCGAGGGAGAUGUGUACAAUCUGUUACAUGUGUUGGCUCAGGAUGUGGGAGUCAUUGGCGUCUUCUCUGAUUGGAGUGCCACGGUCACAUACUAUGCCAAUUGCUUCGGCCUGUAG